CACUAGCCCAACAGCUAUUAUUGAAAGCUACACAAUGCACCGAUCCCACCCGAGUAUCAGUCGUCGCAAGCACCUCAUGAAGGAGAUGAUGGAGGACGACUACGCGCUGCCCACGGAAACUCAGCAGAUUGCGCGGGUCAUCAGCAGCCGGGGCAACAAUCUCCACGAGGUGGAGACCGUGGACGAAACGUUCCUUGUUUCGAUGCCGAACAAAUUCCGCAAGAGCAUGUGGGUGAAACGGGGCGACUUUCUGCUGGUCGAACCGAUUGAGGAGGGCGAUAAAGUCAAAGCCGAGAUCUGCAAAAUACUCACACCCGAACAUAUAAAGGAAUACACAAAAGCUGCAAUUUGGCCGGAUAAAUUCACUAAGAAACCGGCGGAGCAGGAAGCCACCAGCCAAAACAAAGACGACUCCGAUUUCGAGGAUGAUCUUCUGCCCAAUACAAAUCGUCCUGCAAAUCGGGAUUCGUCCUCCGACGAAGAGGAAGAUGAGGAAACAUCCAGCGAAGAGGACUGAACGACGUACAAAAACACAUAGUUAGGUUAUUUACAAAUUUGUCAAACUGAAUUAAAGAAAAACUGUUGGUUAAU